CGUUGGCAGCUCAGCUCCAGUCCAGUUAAGCUUCGGAGCACAGAUCUACAGCAUGGUUUUAAUAAGUAGGCAUUUCGGUUGUACGCGUUGUACGGAGUACCUACUAAUUCCUUGACCUACAGUCAUAUAUAUUUUGUUGUCAAUGUCAAAGAUCCAUCAUUAAUGUCAUCGAUUUGCAUUAUUACUCUUCAGGUUCGGAGACCCCUUUGUUGGAGAAUAUAGGUGUAGGUAUAUUACCUACCUACGUAGGUACCCUGCUGUUUGGUCGGAAACUUUUCAGUAGGUAGAGGUACGUUAUGUACCUAGGUACCCAGAGUACAUUGCUACCUACUUGAUUCGGCGGAUCGAGCGUUAAAUAAUACACUCGGCUAAGACCCAAAGUUUAUAAUAAAUCAUCUCAACCUCAGUUUACAUGGUAUUACGUUCUUGUUGUCAAGUAAUCUGUUCUGAAUCGCAUCAACUUUGUUCUACUUUGGUAUCUUUCGUGAGUUUUCGAAAUGAAUAUUUUACCUAAGAAAAGAUGGCAUGUAAGAACCAAGGAGAAUAUUGCUCGAGUUAGAAAAGAUGAAGCUGAAGCUGCUGAAAAGGAGAGGCAAGAGAAAAUAAGAAUUGAAAAUGCAGAUCGUGAAGCUCGACUUAAUGUGCUUAAACAAAAAAGCAGACAACAUCUGUUACAAUGUGGGAUAUCAGAUAAUACAGUGAAAGAAAUAUCUGAACAAGGAACAACAUCACAAGCAGAGCAUACAAAUCUGUUUGCUGACCUUGAACAUGCAGUUCACACAACAAACAAAGAACAUGAUAAAGAAAUUAAAGAAAAAUCUGAAGAUUAUGAGAAAAAAAUUGGUUAUUUAACUUAUCUUGGCCAAGAUACAAAUGAAGCAUUGAAGAAAAAAAACUGGUAUGAAGUCUUACCUAAAGAGAGACAUUCUGGACUUACACAAGUUAAAGAUACUUAUGAAAAAUUAGUACUCAAGGAUGAAGAUGGGAAACCUAAAAUUAAGGAGGUUGAUGAAAAAUAUGGCGAAAUUGGAUGGAAGGCAAAACAACACCUGGAUCCUAUAUAUAGCUUCAAAAAGUUUUGCAAGCAGGAAAAUCAUACUAAAAGCACAAGCACUUUACUUAAGAAGGAUUCCCCAUUGGAAACCAAACGGAAACAUAAGAAAGAUAAAAAAGAUGACAAAGAAAAGAAAUUGCUAAAAUUAAGAGAAGCAAGACUCAAGAGAGAGCAAGAAGAAAAACACAAAACUGAACUAUUUUUAAGUGGAUUUACUGGCAAAACUAAAGAAACGAAAAAUUAUGAUCCACAAGUCAGUAAAGUAAAAGCUAAAUAUAACUCACAAUUUAAUCCAGAACUAGCUAGGCAAAAUUGGAAUAGGUAGAUUGGUUGAUACUGUAUAAUAGAUCUGUAUAAUUAUAAUACUAUUUAUUAAGUUUAUAUAUUUAAUUCUGCCCAAUAAAAUACAUGAGUUUAAGUCAAAAAUUCUCUUAGGACCUUUUGUCACUUUCUAUGUGGACUUGCUAAUAAGAUGAGUGGUAACUUGUUUUCCAAAUUUUCAUAAGGAUAAUUAAACGUCUCACAAAACAAUUCCAAUAUUCUGACAAUUAAUAUGCCUUCACUUGAUGCCUCUGAUAAUCUAGACCUGGAAAUAAAAUUAUGAUUAAAUUAUGCAAGCUAUUUUGUAUACAUACAAUAAAUUAAUACUUAUUUUAAAUUCACUUUGCUAGUACUAUGUAGCUGACAUGAUGACACAGGAAAUCCACAAAAAUAUUCGUAUUCUCCAUCUUUGUUUGGCAUAAAAUUGUGUAUAUUCCAACAAGCAGCGGAUACCCAUCAAUAUUGUCUCCUGUUUUCUUCGAAAUCAGGUCUCCUGAAAACCAUGCAUGAUCUGUAUUAUACCUAAAAAAACUUUUAAAAUGGCGGAGUAGUAUAAAACUUGCUCAUUGCAGUUUGUUUGGACGUAAUCAAUUUAAAAUUAUAUCAUUUUGUACCUUGGGCAAAAUUGUAUUUUAAAGCUAUACAUAUUUUACAUUAAAAACAAAAUAUUUUUCAUAUAAAAACAGCAAAGGAAAUUCUUUCCUCACCAGUAGUAUGACAAAGUUGCAGUUUCGAUAACUGGGAUAUUAAAAGAAUUGCAAGUACUCUCCCUAUGUCCAUGUUCAGAAACUCCUGUGUAGGUUUCAGAUAUAUUUUCUCAAAUGGCUGAUAUAUUCCACAUCUCUCUAGAUAUUUUUCCAAAUUACGCAACAUAUUGUUAGAUACUUUUUGUUUAUUUUCUGUGUCAGAUUUAAUUUCUUGCAGAACUGAUCUGUAAAUUAAUAUUAUAUUGUUGUUUAAUUAAUUAUUUAUACAAUAAUUAGUAGAAUGUUAAAAGAUACAUACUCAUUCAGUGUACUCAGGGAAGCUUCCAAAUGUGCAGAGUCAAAUUUGCAAGUUGAAUUCAACUGAUAUGAAAUAUGUUUUCUGAGUAAUUGUAAACUACCAAUUAAAAUUAAUACAUCUACUAA